UUAUCAUCGGAGGUUCGGCGUGAGCGCGCCUCUUGCUCCGCAAGCCGCCGCUAAUAUUAGCAUGCGAGAGCGCGAGUCGGCUGCGAGUCGCACUGCACGCGUCGCUCGUGACUCGUGCUGAUCGCUGAAGCCGCGCGGCUCCGGGCGAGGUCGCGCAGGGCGGGCGGCGCGCGCCGGUGCGCCCCGGGCACCCUGCGAGCAAUACCACACGCACCACGUUCACUAUAGGACGUGCUCCUCACUCGCGACAACAUAAAUAUUACAAAUCAUUUGCAAUUCAUCAAAUCCAGAACUAUUGGGUAUUCAGUGAAGUGCUACGUCAGUCUAACGUGUCGAGACGCUCCACAUUUCCGUCGGGAGAUGAUUCACCACUGAAAUGUGAACAGAUUUUGCUUCUGUUUGACAGAUCAACGCACAUCACAACAGGUAGUGCAAUAGAAAAUCAUCAAAAUGACGGUGGUCACCAACCCAGCACGUACAAACUCAGACGAUGAGAUCGAGUCGGGGCACGAGAGCGCGGCGGGCGAGUACGCGGCCAGCGCGCUCGACAUCGAGGAGCACGCGCGCCUCUACGACGACGAGAAGCAGUCCGACAUCGUGUUCGUGGCCGGCAUCAACGGCGACACGUGGCGCUACCCCGGCCACCGGCGCGUGCUCGCCGCCACCAGCCCCGUGUUCGCCGCGCUGCUCGCCUGCAAGACCGACGUCAUCGUCGUCGACUACAUCGACCGGCGCGGCUUCGAGCAGCUCCUCCGCUACCACUACUGCGAGCCCACCCAGCUCAACUCAGUGGGCACGGCGCGGUGUGCCCUCGACGCAGCUUACAAGUUCUUGUGUGCGCCCCUUGCGGAGCGCUGCGCUCGGCGUCUAGAUGAAAUGUUAGACGCAGGAGUCGCAUUAGAGAUUCUGCGCGAUUUAAGGUUCCUUUGCGCAAGAUUACCUGGGGCUGCAUCCGCACCACCUCUACCGGCACUCUCCGACGACGCAGCAGCUCGCUCACUCGCACAAUGCUCGCGCUGGUGCGACUCUCUAGCUCACAAUGCACUGUUGGUGCUAGAUGACGACGCAGAUACCGCCCUGACUGAUGAACGACUCGAAGAGCUAACUUAUGAAGACUUAUCGCUGAUAGUAAAACGAGAUACAUUACGUGUGUCGAGUGAACUUGUGCUGGCCGAAGCUCUGUCACGGUGGGCCACAGCAGCCUGUAAGCGCACCAAGCGGGAGCUGACUUCAGCUAACAAGAGAGCGGCACUCGGAGAGCUCGCUUAUUGUCCGCGUUACUUGCUGCUGUCUGGAGAGGAGCUAGAUCGAGCUUUGGGCUUGGAACUUCUGGAGCCGAUGGAGCGCGCUUUAGUGACGGCGCGCGCUCGCAAGCUGUCGGCGCCGGUGCCGGUGGGCGCGGAGCAGGAGUCGCUGCUGCGGCGCUGGGCGCGGCCGCGGCCCGUGGAGCCGGCGGCGCUGCCGGUGCACCUGAGCCCGCGCUCCGAGCCGCCCGUGGACGAGCCGCAGCCCAGCAAGCUGUGCGCUCGCCGCCCCAAGCGCCCUAAGCAGCCCAGCUUCGCGCCAGAAGAAAAACGCAAAAAGAAAGGCUGCUGUGCAUGCUUCGGAGAGGGACUCCUACGAGCAUUCAUUUGUUUGUUCGACUGAGACAGGGAGCCUACUCAUGUGUAAGGUGGUCGUGUGGCAUUUUGACAAGUGUGGACAAAGUUAACUUUAAUAUAAAAUAAGACUCUCGACUGAGUGUUAAGUAAUGAAGUGACAAAAACUAAAAUACUUAUCUUUCCUGUCUAUCUGACUUCUUUUUCAUUGUAAAUGUUGGAUUAACUUUAUCAAAACAAAGUAUACUUUAAGUACAUACUUAUUCUAUUUAAUAAGAUUCGUUCAAUUACUUAACCACUUACGAAUAAAUAAAUUAAAUUCCAUUUGGAUAGACUUGGAGAGGUUCAAAAUGUAUAGAAUGCCAUCUUUUGUAUUUUUUUACGAAUAUAAAAUUAUAACUAUUCGUAAUAAUGUCUAACUUUUUGAGACUAUUUAGUGUUUUGUAGCAUUCUGUUAGAACUUAUGAUUUACUAUUAUGAAUAUAGUGUAAUUAGACUUAUUUUAUGCAGCUGAAAAUUUGAGGUUUUGAGUAACUAUUAUGAUUAUGGAGACCAUUUCAAGUCUGUGUUCAUUUAUACUUUAUGACUAGUUUGCUUAUGUGGGAAGAGAUCUUUGCUAGCUAAAUGCUAGGACGAAUAGUUCAAUAUAAACGCGAAGCCGCGUGUUCGUGUAGUAGAAUGUGUAUGUUGUGAUAUUUAUAUUAUUUUUAAUUAAUCACGUUAAUUUUACAUGUUUAUUAUGAUUACAUAUCAAAUUGUUUAACAAUUUGCAUUUAUUAACAUUUGGUGAUAUAAAUUGGUGCACAAAUUGUCAUUGUUUAGUUACGUUUCAAUUAGUUGUUAUUUACUAUAUUUUGUUGCAUUUAUUGACAAUUGUGUGCAAGAUAUUUCAAGAGGUUAUCUAAAGAUAACACGUGUAUCGAAGCAGUUCACUGCUGACAAUAAUUUUAAGUAAAUGUAGCCAAAACUUUCGAAGAAUUUAACGCCAAAAUUGUCUUAAAGUUGUAGUUACCUAUCUCAAACUAAAUCUAGAUGAUAGAUGUUAAUAACUUAGCAUGGGGCUAACCGACCGUGUGUGAAAAGGUGUCCCUACAUUAUCCCUACAUUAUCCCUACAUUAUUAAGUUAGUUUUUAGGUAACCUCUGAGAAUUGAGUAGCUUUGCUUAGUUAUAUUUAGACGAAUUGUUUAGUCUAAUUCUUCCAUAUUUUAGUGAAAUAGUCACCUAAAUAUUCACUAGUCGUAUACAAAGUACAUUAAUUGUCAAAGAUUUUUUGUGUAUAAGAUUUUUUUGAACAAACGUUCGCAGAACGUAUUACUUUUGUAAUGUACUUAGCUUCAAUUGUAAUCAAUUGUACGUAAAUUGUGCCAUAUCGGAUGUGGCUAUAUAAACAUAAAAUAGAAAUGAUUUUGGUGUCUUCAAUCGUACUUGGAUUAUAGAGAGUCACUCUCCAUUCAUUGAGUCUUAGCAAAUUAAAUAAAAAUGCUUUUUAUGUAAUUAAAUUACUUAUUCAAUGUAUGUCCGUGACGUUUUAAACGAAUAUUAAUGUGAAAUGAGAUUACUUAUAAUAGAGAUUUUUUCGCAAAUUAUUGUAUAAAUUAAUUUAUUGUAAUCAUGAAAUAUGUGUUCGGCUCAGAGCUGUCAAACAAGGAAACCCAUCCUGAGACAAAUAUAUGAUGUUAAAAUAUUA